AGCAAUGAGGGCCACUGCUGAUUGCGGUAUAAAUACAACUGAAUUUCAAUGGAAUCACACACCAAGGCCUAUGCACUGAGAGAGAGGGUUGAAGGGGCCAUUGAGGUUCCUGCAGAUUCUGAAGUUGGGAAGAUUUGAAAAAAACCAUUAGAGUUUUUGUGAUCAGGUAUCCUAUUUUCAAAUAAAACCUGGGAAAACCUACGAAUGCUACCAUCAACAUCCAAAAGAGAGGAAUAUAUACAAGUGUAUGUAUAAAUGUAUAAACAUAAAUGUAUAUAAAUGUAUAAAUGUGUGUGUACACACAUAUUACACUAGAACAAUAAUUUAUAAAACCUUUGUUUAAAACCUUAAAUUCAAUAUAUAUAUAUAUAUAUAUAUAUAUAUAUAUAUAUAUAUAAUAUUACAGGAAUGAAAAAUAUAUUUAUUCUAUAUGAAACGUCUAUUGACAUAGAAGGCCUCUUUGAGGGCAUCGAUUUCUCUUCAACCAUCACCCGUGCGCGAUUUGAAAAAAUGAAUUUGGAUCUGUUCAAAGAUUGUACUGACCCUGUUGAGAAGUGUUUGAAGGAUGCCAAAAUGACGAAGAAUGACAUUCAUGAUAUUGUUCUUGUGGGUGGGUCUACCCGAAUACCAAAGGUUGAGGAAUUGUUACAAGAACUCUUCAAUGGAAAGAAGCUCUGCAAAAGCAUAAAUCCAGAUGAGGCUGUUGCUUACGGAGCAGCUUUUCAUGCUGCAUCCUUGACAGGUGCUGCCUUCGGUCUGAAUAAGGAUGUCGUGCUGGUGGAUGUUGCUCCUUUAUCUCUUGGUAUUGAAACUAAUGGUGGUGAUAUGUCUAUUGUGGUUCCAAGGAAUACCCCCAUCCCUAUAAAGAUGACAAAGAAAAAUUACCAAAAUGCUUUUGACUAUGUAACAAGGUGUUGUUUCAUUGUGUAUGAGGGAGAGAGGCCAUUCGCAAAAGACAACCACUUCCUAGGUGAAAUUUUCCUUAAUGGCAUCACCCCAGCACCCAAAGGUGUAGCUAAGUAUGAUGUCCAUUUCGAAAUUGAUGCCAAUGGCAUCUUGACUGUGUCUGCAGAACUAGUGGGAAGUAAGAACAAGAACCAAAUUACUAUUACCAAUCACAACGGGAGGUCGUCAAAGGAGGAGAUUGAUCGGAUGGUAAAAGAGGCAGAAGUGUACAAGGCUCAAGAUGAGGAGCGCAAGAAGGCGUCAAAAGCUAAAAAUAUUUUAGAGAAUUAUAUUCACCAUGUGAGGGAUGCUUUGAGAAGCUGUCGAAAGGGUGUUAACGUGAAAAACAUGAUAAGUUUGAAGGAUGCAGUUGAGAAGACGGAACAAUGGUUAGAGUGGAAUUACCUACUAGGUGAAGCUUCGAAGUUUGAGGAAAAGAUGAAAGCACUCAAGACAUUAUGUGAGUCUGUCAUAAGAAAGAAGCAUCUUCAGGGAAGUAACACAUGUGUAAAGUCUGAGAUCAUUUACACAUCGGAUAAUUUACACAUGUAAAUCCGAUGAUUCACUUAUCUGUAUGGAUGAUUUACAUGCUUUAUUUUAUUUUGGCUUCCACUAGUCCCAGAGUUCUGCAAUUUCAUUUAAUCCCUAGGUAGCUGAAGCCUGAAGCAUCUUAAUGUGUUUGGUUUUUUGCUGGAA